ACUCUACUGUCUACACUGACUGUGUUCCACUAUCUACUCGGACAGAUUUUUCCGGGCGUUCGGUUCUGGGUGAUUCCGACGAUUUCUCGGGGUCGGACGAAAAACGGCCAAAUUCUGAAUGGUGGAUAUCGCGAGUUUGUGUUUUUCGGUGCGAUUUCGGCGUGCGAAACAAUUGUGCUGUCCGGAAGUGGGCGAAAAUAGUGAAACUUCUUCUGCGUGAAUAAGCAAUAUGUGAUGGAUGCCACUGCCAACUUUUUUCUAAGUGAAAAUGUGUGAUAUUUUGAUGGAGCAGCUUCUCGUGAAAUUUGACGACCACGAACGGAGUCAGUCAAGUGUGCUCGCUAGGAAUUUAUACUUUUCGAAUCGUUUUUGAAACCUUUGGAUGUAACUUUGCAAAGACUGAUUACUAGAGAAACUAGUGUGAUACCUAAAUCUUAAGAAUGUCUAACAUAAAUAACCAACAAGUAAUGGCAAACAGGCAACUGCAGCUAUUGCUGGAGGACAAUACCCUUAACGAAGACGACGAACCUUUGGGCACGGAGUUGAACGACAAUGCCUACGCGCAGAUCAUGUCCGCAAUACUGGCGUCAACCCGCCGUGCGUCGGAAAUCGAUCGUUGUCAGAAGCUGAACCGCGUCAACGCCAGCAAAACCCUCGACUGUAAGUUCGAUCGCUUGAUCUCCGAGGUCAGUGAUCUACGGACUGCCAUCGAAGAGAAGAUCGACGUCAUCAACCAGAAGAUCAAGCAGACGAAUCGACUGUUUCAGAUCAGUCAGGACUACGAGAAGCGCUCGGCCAAGACUUGCGAGCUGGUUCUGAUGGGGAUCCCCUAUCGGCGCGGUGAGAAUCUACGGGAUUACUUCGUGAAGAUCAGUCGGGCUCUGGGCUUCCGCGAUCACGAGAUCCCCCUGGUCUACAUCCGGCGGAUCCUGAACAAUCCAACGAGCCCCAGCGGUAGCGCAAAGCUCCGAGUCCCACACUACAGCCAGGCCAUCCUUGACAACUUGAAGGUACGAUCCAAGCCUCCGAUCUAUCCAACGCAGAAGACUCCCAACGAAUCCAUCAUCGUGGUACAGUUCGUGUUCCGGAAUGCCCGGUACGAGUUCUACCGGCGGUACCUGGACCACAAGGCACUGUGUCUACGCGACAUCGGAAUGGAUAGUGGAUCGCGGAUUUUUGUGAAUGAAAACCUGACCCGGUCCAAUCUAGGCCUGAAGCAGGAAGCAAUGAAGAUGAAACGUAGUGGAAAGCUGAAGAAUGUGUUCACCGUCAAUGGGCAGAUCUACGUGAAGCGGUCGAACGAUCACCGGCCGGAGCUGGUGACCAGCACCGUGGACUUGCUGCUGAUGGACGACGGCAAGAUGAAAAGCAAUAAAGAAAACUACCCACGUGUCUUGGAGCACAUUAUCCAGACGCAGCCCUACGUACUGAGCCGAGACUACCAGGAGAUCCUAAGCACCUUGGACGUCGUAUCCGCCGAUACAGAGGUAUCGGUACGGUCAAAUCUAUCGUCAUGGCUGCAGCGGUUAUGCGUGCGCUUCCUAGAUCGGGACCAGGGCGCCGUCAGCAGCGACUUCGGACGGUGCGUGGUGGAGAAGGUGCUCAACAUCACCGUGCGGUACCUGACCGAUGAACCGGGGGUCCGCUGCGGAGCGUUCGAGACGCUGAGCUACCUGAUCGAGAAGGGCUUCCUGGACAAAGCGACCACGGAGGAAGUGGUCUGCCCGGUGGUGGAGAAACUCAGCCGCAAACCGUUGGAAAGCUUCGACGAGGAACUGUACGCCAUCUUUAUCCACCUCAUGGUGAAGAUCGUGCCGAUCGUCGGCUAUGCCAAAACCUACGAACUGGUGUACGAGCGCUUCCUGGAGAUGUGCCGCUGCAAGGAACACUUUGUCCGACGGGAAUGUGCCACCGCCUUUCCGGUGAUGUGCGAGGUCCUAGGAAACGAACUGUUCGAGAAGAGUAUGUUGCCCGUGUUCAUGAGACUGUGCGACGAUGAAAUCUGGACGGUGAGGCGAGCCUGCGCCGAGGUGAUGCCUAUCAUGGCCCUGCUGUGCACACUGGAGAAGCGUCGCAAGGUGCUGGUUCCGGCGAUGAAGAAGUUCAUGUUCGAUCCCAGUCAGUGGGUGAUCAUGGCUGCGCUGAAGAACCUAGGUCAGUUCCUGACGACGUUCGCGCAGUUGCGCGUCCUUGGGCUAGCCUACAACAGCAAUCUGGAACUGACGUUGACGAAUGCGGCCGAUUGUCUAUCGUUCCGUCAGUUGGACACCCGGCGGGUCACGUACGGCAAUCAACCAUCGGCCGAAGAUCUUCUGAAGAACUUCGAGUGCUACGAGAAACGGUUCAAGGAUUCGAUCCAGCGGUACGCGUUGCUUUCGCUGGUCAAAUACAACGAGGAACCGUGGAAGGCCCGAGGAGAUGACAUGAUCAACGUGGAGGUGUACCUGUACUCGAUCGUCUACGCUGAUCGUCGGUCGCAGCGGUUGUCGACGGGUUCCAACUCGGAUGAUGGUGGGAUUUCGAAAAUUUCGGACUUUUCGUACAAAUACUAUGUGAGGAAGUCGCUUUCGUCGACGACGCUGUGUUCGCCGCCGCCGGUGGUACAGCUGCACCGGGGAACGCGGAACUACGACGAGAAGAAUCCGUUGAAUCGCUUCCUGCGGUACUGUUCACCCAUGAAGAACAACUUUGCGGAUGUAUUCGCUAAGCAAGGAAGUGGGGGGUUAGGGAGGGGCAGUGAUUCCGAUGACUACCACGGAGGUUGGGGCCCGGAUGACGAUGACUACAGUUCGUUGACCUUGAAGAUGAAGGUGUUCGAUAAUGAUCUUGAAGGUUUGGAGGCCGGGGGAGAUGGAGGAGGAGGGAGCGGUGGUGCCGCUGGAGAAUCUUCAGGGGACACUAGCGGAACGGGCAGCAGCAAUCCAUCAGUGCCUGAAAGCGAUGAUAAAAAGAAGUCCGAGCAGGGGACCUUUGAGGAGUCUACUUCUGACGACGAAUCCGUAGACCAGAGCUUCAACUCGCAUCAAUUCUGGUACAUUAGUCCGGAACUUCCACUGGAACUGGACUUUAUCGAUGAGGAUACUGCCAAGAGCACUGACACCAGUGCCAAAAAGUCGGAUAUAAGCAAUAACAACUCCGCUACGGCCCCGAUCGCGACGACGGAACUGGAGUCGCACGAGGACAGCAAAAACAACAACUCCAAGCUCAGUCUUUCGGCGACGGAGAAGACCUCGACUGCCCCUGUUGUCGCUCAGGAUAAUGACCCCACAAACGACAGCGACUCGUCCUAUGGCAGUAUCAACAACAACUCCGAACCGGAACGUCUCGACUCGGAAAUGGAAAGGUACUGUCCGGAGUUGACCAGAACCAAGCCAGUACAGCAAUCAAUGAAGCCGGGAGGAUCUUUCCAUCACCAACAGCACCAUCAACUGGUGGACAGCGUAACAUCCGGUGUGGCUGCCAUGGCAAUCGGCAAAGAAGGCGAACGCCUCAAGGACAUCAUCAAGUGGCAAAACGAGGAAGUGGAGUGGAACCUUCUGGAGGACUUCGUUCACAUGAAGAACAUCAACAAGGAGCUGUGCUUCCAGUGCGCGUACAGUUUUCCGGCGAUCGUGCUGACCUUCGGAGAGAAAUUCUGGCCCAUCCUGAGCAGUCACUUCUUCGCACUGUGCAACGACAUCCAGAUCACGGUCCGCCGAACGAUGGCCGCCUCCAUCAGUCAGAUCGCGCUCAUUAUCGGCCGGGAGCAGGCGACCCGGGACCUGGUAGCGCCCUACACCGAAUUCCUGAUGGACUCGGACGAGAUGAAGAUCGAAGUGGUGAACACGCUGGCCGAGUUCCUCAAGGUGAUCGACGGUUCCGAGCACGAGACGCUCAUGGACCAGCUCAGUCUGUGCCUACAACCGCCGCUGAAUAUGAUGAACUGGCGCUUCCGCGAGGCCGUCGCCCGGCAGAUUGUCCAGCUGGUGCCGAUGCACUCCAAGAUCCGAAAGGAAAACUGCCUGCUGUACCUGACUGGGCUGGCGAUGCGACUGAUGAUCGACAAGUACGACAGUGUGCGGAAGGCCGGAGUAGAUGCGUUCGUGGAGUGCUCCCGGGAGUUCCAGAAGAACGACUCUGUGUUCAAAUUCUUCACGGAAAACUUUGCUCAUAGUUCAAAUUGGCGACGUCGGCAGACGUACAUCCUAGCGGCGGGAAGAAUCCUCGAAACGGAAAGCAUCGAGGUGGAAACGUUCCGCAAACACGUGCUCAAGAACGUCCUCAUGCUGGUCAACGAUGUGGUGCCGAAUGUGAGAAUACAAGUAGCCAAGUGCCUCAAGGAUAUCAUUCUGCCGCAUGCGAGCUUCUCGCCGUCCAGCCCGGACGCGGAUGCCAUCGAACACACGCUGACCAAGUUGCGCGCCGAUCCGGACCGUGACGUCCGCGGUCACACCGACGGCUACUUCAACCCGGAAGAGGACUCGCUGGCGGCCGGUGCCCCUGAGACGACCGCCAAUGCUUCGACGAUCGACACCGCCUCAACGUCUUCAACUUCGUCGACCUCGUCGCUAUCGCCACCUCCGUCGACAUCGUCGGCGGCGGCGGUGACGGCGGCGGCGGCGGCAGCGGCGAGUCCGUCGGCGAGUCCGUCGGCGUCUUCGUAUUUGGCUGCUACGGAUCCCGUAACGGGUCAAGAAGAAGAUUAUCACGAGAUGCUGAAAGACAUCGAGCAGCGAUUGAAGAACUUACCCGACAAUUGGCUCUCAGGUGACUGCCAUCCGAUAGAGUACGAGUUUUGAGCUUGGCUUCCACUGGGUGCCGGCGUCGGUACCGGCGGCAGAAGCAGCCUUGCCGGUUGUCCGCUGCUUGGGCACUUGCUAACAAAGGGACAAACCUAUCAUCCACCACCUAAGUUCGUAUGCUAUUUUAUCCUAGUUGCAAUUGUAGUGUUUUCCUCUUUUAUUUUGUAACGUUCGAAGGCAUGAUUGUUGUCGGUUGAGGCUUGGUGCGAUGAGUUCGGCAACUGAUCGACUCGGUUUUUAAGAGAUUUGUGUUUUGUAUAGCGCAGCAACAUUGAACAGUUUAGGUUUGACCAUUUAGAGAAGACACCACUUAUUUUUAGCUUGUGAGUCGUGAUGAGUGCAAAUUAAGCAAAACAAAUCUAUUUUACAAGUAUGGCACCAAGAUUCAAAGAAAUAUAUAGUCUAUUCGUUUUUUUUUUUAUGUUCAUAUAAGCGAAAGUACAACUUUGAAAAGAUUAACUACGGCGUAACAGCCGGAGAAAGUGUUCAAAAUGGAA